CUUAGAUGGUGUGUGCCUUUUGAACCGGCAAAGCACCAAGAUGCUUGCAGCUCGUACUGGGGGGACUGUGAGAAACCCCGAGAUGAAGAAGCCAACACACUUUCCAAAGGUCCCUGUGGAAAAGGACACGAGAAAGACCACCUUGGACCAGAUGCAGCUAAAGGCCCGGCGGGCAGCCCUCCUGCGUGAAAUGGAAAUGACCUGGUACCUCAAGGCAUGCGAAUUAUCCCAUGAAUACACCGUAGCCUAUAUGAGUGGCAUGCCACACAGAAACCUUGGAAAGUCUGGAUUAAGAGUUUCGUGUCUGGGGCUAGGGACAUGGGUCACGUUUGGAGGUCAAAUUUCAGACGAGGUUGCGGAACAGCUAAUGACUAUCGCAUACGAGAGCGGAGUAAACCUGUUUGACACAGCAGAGGUGUACGCAGCUGGAAAGGCCGAGGUGAUUUUGGGAAGCAUAAUAAAAAAGAAAGGCUGGAGGAGGUCAAGUCUGGUCAUUACAACAAAACUCUACUGGGGAGGAAAAGCUGAAACAGAAAGAGGACUCUCAAGAAAACACAUUAUUGAAGGAUUAAAAGGCUCUCUCCAGAGGCUGCAGCUUGAGUAUGUGGACGUCGUCUUUGCAAAUCGACCUGACAAUAAUACCCCAAUGGAAGAAAUUGUCCGGGCGAUGACUCACGUGAUAAACCAAGGCAUGGCCAUGUACUGGGGAACUUCCCGUUGGAGUGCCAUGGAAAUAAUGGAAGCCUAUUCUGUAGCGAGGCAGUUUAAUAUGAUUCCACCCGUGUGCGAACAAGCAGAAUACCACCUUUUCCAAAGAGAGAAAGUAGAGGUUCAGUUGCCGGAACUGUAUCACAAGAUAGGAGUUGGAGCAAUGACGUGGUCCCCUCUCGCCUGUGGGAUUGUCUCAGGGAAAUACGCCAAUGGAAUUCCUGAAAGCUCAAGGGCUUCUUUGAAGUGCUAUCAGUGGCUAAAGGAGAAGAUUGUGAGCGAGGAGGGGAGAAAACAGCAAUCGAAGCUGAAAGAUCUCUUCCCCAUUGCUGAACGCCUCGGAUGCACCCUACCUCAGCUGGCUGUUGCAUGGUGUCUACGUAACGAGGGUGUGAGCUCUGUCCUCCUAGGAUCUUCCAAUCCAGAGCAGCUAAUAGAGAAUCUUGGUGCCAUACAGGUUCUUCCGAAGAUGACGUCCCACAUUGUGAACGAGAUCGAUAACAUCUUGGGAAACAAACCUUACAGCAAGAAGGACUACAGGUCCUAAUGCAUUGCAUGAUUAAACUGGACUGCAUGGCUAAAAUAGCGCUCUGUACUUAGUACAGUACCAAGUCAAUACUAUCCGGUUAGAAUUAUUCGGCAGUCUCUGUUGUUUACUAGAUUCUCCAAGGCAGCGUGCUGCACCGGAAUCCAAAAGCA